AUGAAACUUGAGGUCAACGACGAUCGAUUCCGCAACGAGGCAGCAAAGGUUAUCUAUGCCGUAAGCUGCUUGGAAGGAAUGGCCCUUGAUCAGGUCAUUCUACUCUUCAACGCUAACUCUCCUGCCGAAUUCUCCUCCGUCACCGUUUUCGUCGCCUACCUAUAA